GGGACGUAAAAUGUGAUCACGAUUCUCAUGCGCGCCGGUUGGUCAUGGUCGCGCGCCGAGCGCGCUUCACCACGAACAGUGGUAGAUAGUAGGUCGUCGUCCCGUCGCCGUACUUUUCAGUGAGUACUCGCCGUUGCCUUUCACAGCAGGGUUCAAUUAUGAGGCUCGCCCAUGCCCUGCCCAUCACGGGCUGUAUCUCGAUGGCAGCUGCUGGGGUUCUCAGGCGACAAGACAGCUCCUCGACAGGUGCGACCUCGACGACAGCCGACAACGGCACGGGAAUCACUGGAUCAGCAAGCAAUAUCGACGCAGAUGCCGGGGCUUCAGGCUCGCAAUCGGGAUCUUUCAACUUGUCCAAAGGUGGACUGAUUGCCAUCAUCGUGGUAGUAGCAUUUGUGGCGAUUAUCGGAGUCGCUUCUACAGUGCUCUGGGUCCUGGCAAAACGACGCCAAUGGAACGUCCGACAAUCCAUUAAGCGUGCUUCCCGCCGACUCACUGGCCGAGCUGGUCGAGAAGGGACGCGAGAGAGGCAGUCAAAGCGCAUUGGUAUGCAAAUGAGUAGUAAUAUGGAACGCGGACACAAGCGUGGCGUGGUCGUGCAAGUGAACGAUACUGGAAAGGAGUCGCGAAGCACGUCACAACCUGAUCCGAACCAGAGCGAAGUGAAAGGCAAGUGGGCGGAAAAGCUGUGGAGAAAUGAUUGGCAGAAGUGAUGCAUUGAGCAGCUUAUGGUUCACGAUUGUAUUUGUAGCUCACUGAAGAGUGGCACAUUGUUCUGCCCGCCUCAGUCCUCCAUUUCGUCGUCACUUUCGUCAAGAUCCACUACUUGGCUAGGGCGAGGUGGUUGCGAGUGCUGAGGUCGUGCAGUAGAAGCUGUAGAUCGAGGCUCGGGCUUGACUGG